CGGCGGGCCCGGGGGGCGGGGCCGAGGACGGCGAGGGCGGCGGCGGCCGCCAGGACCCAGACAUCUGGGACGGUUGUUGUUCUCUCGCCGCGCGACCGCCACGGUCAGUUCGCCCGGAGACCCGGACCUCGUUCCCUGGCGAGCGGGGGGCUGUAUCCUUCCCAGUUCCCGAAAGCUGCGGCAGGAGCCGGCGCCAACGCCCUGCUGCUGGUCUCCGAUGCCCUUCAGUGAGGAGGGGGCGGCCAGACCCUGGUGAGCAGCACCCAGGCGCCCCCCAACUCGCUGGCUUCUCCGACCCCUCAGGCCCGCGCACCCCAGUCUGGUUGCCAUGGCUGAAAACGCCGAGGGGGACCUGAACUCCAACCUGCUCCACGCCCCCUACCACACCGGGGACCCUCAGCUAGACACGGCCAUCGGGCAGUGGCUCCGUUGGGAUAAGAAUCCCAAAACAAAAGAGCAGAUCGAAAAUCUGUUGCGGAAUGGGAUGAACAAGGAACUGCGAGAUCGUCUUUGUUACCGGAUGACUUUUGGGACUGCAGGACUUCGUUCUGCCAUGGGGGCAGGGUUUUGCUACAUUAAUGACCUUACAGUAAUACAGUCAACACAAGGGAUGUACACAUACCUUGAGAGGUGUUUCUCAGAUUUCAAGCAGAGAGGCUUUGUGGUUGGGUAUGACACGCGGGGCCAAGUAACCAGCAGCUGCAGCAGCCAGAGACUUGCUAAACUCACUGCUGCAGUCUUACUGGCUAAAGAUGUCCCUGUGUACCUUUUUUCCAGAUAUGUUCCUACACCUUUUGUACCGUAUGCAGUCCAGGAACUGAAAGCAGUUGCAGGUGUGAUGAUUACCGCGUCUCACAACCGUAAGGAAGACAAUGGAUAUAAGGUUUAUUGGGAAACUGGUGCUCAGAUCACAUCUCCUCAUGAUAAAGAAAUUCUGAAAUGCAUAGAAGAAUGUGUGGAACCCUGGAAUGGUUCCUGGAAUGAUAAUUUAGUGGAUACCAGCCCACUGAAGAGAGAUCCUCUGCAGGAGAUUUGCAGGAGAUACAUGGAAGAUCUGAAAAAGAUCUGUUUUUACAGGGAAUUAAACUCAAAGACCACCUUGAAAUUUGUGCACACAUCUUUCCAUGGAGUCGGACAUGACUAUGUACAGACGGCUUUUCAAGUGUUUGGUUUCAAGCCUCCAAUUCCAGUACCAGAACAAAAAGAUCCUGAUCCAGACUUUUCUACCGUGAAAUGCCCGAAUCCUGAGGAAGGAGAAUCUGUGCUGGAACUUUCCCUGAGGCUGGCGGAGAAAGAAAAUGCCCGGAUAGUGCUCGCCACGGACCCUGAUGCAGACCGACUCGCCGCGGCAGAGCUCCAGGAGAAUGGUCAUUGGAAAGUUUUCACAGGGAAUGAGCUGGCAGCUUUGUUUGGGUGGUGGAUGUUUGACUGCUGGAAGAAAACUACAGCAAGAAAUGCUGACGUGAAGAAUGUGUACAUGUUAGCCACCACAGUCUCUUCUAAAAUUUUGAAGGCAAUUGCCCUUAAAGAAGGAUUUCAUUUUGAAGAAACAUUACCAGGUUUUAAAUGGAUCGGAAGUAGGAUAAAAGACCUCCUGGACAAUGGAAAAGAAGUCCUUUUUGCAUUUGAAGAGUCUAUUGGUUUCCUGUGUGGAACUUCGGUUUUAGAUAAAGAUGGGGUGAGUGCCGCCGUUGUUGUCGCUGAAAUGGCAUCUUACCUGGAGACCAUGAACAUCACACUGAAACAGCAGCUGAUUAAUGUCUAUGAAAAAUAUGGUUAUCAUAUUUCAAAAACUUCAUAUUUCUUGUGUUAUGAUCCACCUACCAUCAAAAGUAUAUUUGAAAGGCUUCGCAAUUUUGAUUCUCCAAAAGAAUAUCCAAAGUUUUGUGGGACAUUUGCUAUACUGCAUGUACGGGACAUUACCACUGGAUACGACAGCAGCCAGCCGAAUAAGAAAUCAGUGCUGCCUGUGAGCAAAAGCAGCCAGAUGAUUACCUUCACCUUUCAGAAUGGCUGUGUUGCUACUCUACGGACAAGCGGGACAGAACCAAAGAUAAAGUAUUACGCAGAGAUGUGUGCCUCCCCUGACCAAAGUGACACAGCCUUACUGGAAGAAGAAUUGAAGAAACUCAUUGAAGCCCUCAUUGAGAAUUUUCUUGAACCCAGUAAGAAUGGACUGACCUGGCGCUCUGUCUAGGGCACGCCUGUGCAUCCUGUCCUUGCCUGGCAUACGGAACGGAGCAACGGAGAACUCCCAUGUGUUGAACCUCGUGUUAGCCUUCUCUCUCUCGCAUUCGGCCAAGUAUCAUUUUCCUUUUAUUUUCUGUCUUUUUUUUUUUUUUUUAGUUAACUGACUAAAACACUGCAUAAAUUUCAAGUGAAAUAGUCCGGAGAGAAGUGAUUCAAAUUUUUUUUUGGUAUUUUAAAAGUCAUUACAUCAAAAGUAUUACAGUAACACGUCGUUCUUCCUGAAUAGAAACAUGAUAAUACAAAAGUGAGUUUUAUUAUUAAAGUGUGAUUAAGCUUAGUUCCAUAUCUUGUAAUUGUGUAUAGCAUGGUAAAAAAAUCUGAUAAAUGUUAUAUAAUUAUAUGGUUAGUUAUGGGAAUCCAUAAUAUUGGCAGGAAUAAGAAACUGCUCCAAGAUCAUAAUGGAAAAGUAUCAUUGUUUUAUCACAGAUAUUCAUUUACAGCUUAGAGUAUUUAAAAUAGGGUCUGUAGCAUUUCUAGCUUAGAGCAGAUGUUGUGUGUUUCAGCAGCUGGUUCAGGUGCCUGUGGUGCAGUGUGGACUUCCUGUAAUAUUUAACAUGUUUACUGAACAAGAAACAGUAGUGGCAUUGUUCUCUUAGAGUGUUCCUAUGCCUUCUCAGGGUCUGGUGUGAACUGAAACAAUUUCUGCAUUGGAUAUCAAUUGUCAGUUUUCAGGAGUUAAGGAAAAUCUUCCAAACUAUAUAGGUGCUUCCUCUGUAUCCAGUGGGUUUGCUGAUUUGAAAAUCUUAGGAUUGUAAAUAAAGGUCAUUUAAAAGUGGGCUUAAGGUAACUGUGGUUAAGAAUCUUCACAUUAGAACUGUGUCAGUUACAACCGUUAAGGAAAAAAUCUGAACUGAGAAAUAAGCUCUGAAUUUGACAGUAUAACUUUUGAAUUACAUUCUUGUAAGUACAAUUAUUUCUUUAUUUGAUGGAGUCAUGCUAAUUUUACAAAGAAGGCAUCCAGAUUUUAAGUAUUCUGAAACACUAAAACUAUACUUUCAAAACUAAAGUCCAGUUUAGUAUAACCUCUUGCAGGCUUCUGUAGAAUUUCUGAUCAUUUGGUGAUUAUUUAUAUUUUUAUUUUUUCAGUGGGGAAACAUUUUUUUUUUUAUGAAAAUCACUCUGGGCUGAUUCUAGUCCCUUGAGAAGACAUACAGAGAAAGCUAGUGAACCUCCUUACGGUUUAUAUCGUCCUGUAUACUUUGCAGAACAUGUACGUGCUUUAGUUAAAAAGUGGCAAUGACAAGAUCUUGGGUGUGAUCCUAAUAAACAGAUUGCCUCUAGCAGAUUGCACUGGUAUUAGAGAAUUUCUUUCCUAAAAAUAAUAACAACAAAGUUUGAACUGAUUAGAACAUUCAUUAAAUCAUGGUUUGGUAUGUUGCAGCUGUCAGCUAAUGUUCAGUUGAGCUUACAUAAUCUAAACAUGACUUUCAAAUUAUUGUAUUGCCACUAUUGUUAAUUUGUUCUCCUUACUUUCUUAUAGCUGGAUCUUGUAUGACUAUAGGUAAUACACAGCUAGCUGAAUGUAGAGCACCACUGCCCUGAGUUUGUCUUCGAAGGCUUCGCACUGUAGAAAAAUGUAGAAUUUUUUGUUUUAUUUUAAAACAGUGUAAAAUAUUUUUUGUUUUACUUACUUUAGGAAUGUAGAUUGUAAUUCAGGAAAUGCAUAGAUUCUAUAAAGUGGUAUGAACAAUGUUGUAGGUAUGAAAAGCAUAUUUGGUUUUAGUACCUGUGUCUCAGUGACUGAUGAAACUGGAGUGCCAGUGCAGCCUAUCCACAAUCACUAAAGCCAGAUAACUUUGACAUAGUUCAGGAUUUUAGUCAUCUUAAUCAAGGUGAGACAUUAUCAAAGUUUGGAUUCUUGUCUCAAAAAUGUAAAAGUCCAAAGUUAAAAUUAAUAAAGUUCUACAGAGCCUCCUGAAGUACAUGGAUUGAGGGGAUAUUUGAUUCUAGCCAAGCUCUGAGUUUGAGCAUAAUAUUAAACAUGAACCUGACAGCAGGUGCACGCUUUAAAAGGAUAAAUUCAGCGAAAGCCCAAGCCAGCCAGGAGGGACAAAAGUGCUGGCCAGUGGGUCUCAGCCCUGGGCACUGCAUUGUUUGUCUUUUUCUCUUUGAACAAUGUCAUGGAAAUGAACGCGUUCUCAUUGAGCGUGCAAGUCAAAACUGGGAUUUUCUGAAGCUUUAGGGGAAAAGGGAAGAAUUAGUGGAACGAAAUCAAAGCAUAAAUUGGAAAUAAACAGUAGAAAUGAACAAACACUGGAAAGGUUGAUAAGAUGGCACAGGACAUGCUCCUUAUGAAGGGCAGCCCGGCCGCUGUAAAGGUGGGGAGUCAGCUUCGUGCAGGUAGUGAACCUGCUGUUUCCUUUGGUAGUGAUCACCAAAAAGAAGCCAGGUUCUAGGAGGUGAGAAAAAGUGCCCUCCCACAGGUUCAAUUCCUGCUAGGAUGUUCUGUCAGAAUAUGUGAAAACCUGGAAGGAGACAGAGUAGACAUUUAAAAAAGGACAGUUGACAUUUCAGAAAAAAAUAAAAUAGAAAUUAGAAAGUAAGACCUCCGAGAAGAAGUUCAAUGAAUUCAGAUCAUUUAAUUCUGGAGCAGAGAAAGCUGCUGCAAUAGUUAACUAAAUUUUUAAGUUCUUAAUUACAUGUUUAUUGAAGGGUUCACAGUAGGAAUGCUGUGUCAUGCUCUUCUCCAUUUGUAGUGAGGACAGGGCGGGCGAGGGGUGUUGGAUUUGGGGGGAAAAAGUGCAUGAAAAGUCAGAUUAAGAUUUAAGAAUUUCUUUGGGAAUCACCAUUAAAUCUUCUAUAUGAAAUAUUUUUCAUUACUAAGGGAAUAGAAAUUUUAAAUGCUUAUUGCUACCUUUUUUUUUUUUUUUUUUUUUUUUGAGAGGCAGAGAAUUCCCAUCUUCUGAUUCACUCCCCAAACUCCCAGACUCCCACAUCUGGGAGCUAGAAAGCAACCCUGGUUCCUUGUGGAUGGCGGGAACCCAGUACUUGAGCCGUUACUGCUGUCUCCCAAAGUGUGCAUUAUCAGGAAGCUGGAGUCAGGCGUCAGAGCCAGGAAUCAAAGCCAGGCACUCUAAUAUGAGAUAUGAGCAGCUCAACCAUGAGGCCAAGUGCCUGUCCCCUAACUGGCCUUUUUUUUUUUUUUUUUUUUUUAAGAUUUAUUUAUUUACUUGAGAGGCAAAGUACAGAGAGCGAGAGACAGAAAGGUCUUUCAUCUGCUGAUCCACUCCCCAAAUGCAAAUGGCCACAAUGGCCAGAGCUGCACCGAUCCGAAACCAGGAGCCAGGAGCUUUUUUCUGGUUUUCCUACAUGGGUGCAGGGGCCCAAGCACUUGGGCCAUCUUCUGUGGCUUUUCCAGGCCAUAAGCAAAGAGCUGGAUUGGGAGUGGAGCAGGCGGGACAUGAACCAGUGCCCAUAUGGGAUGCUAGCUAUGCAGGUGGACGCUUAAUCUACUGUGCCACAGCACUGCCCCCUAACCCCAACUGGUCUUUUUAAGAUUCCUUCCUUUCAACACUCUUUUUUUAAACUUUAGUUGAAACAAAAAUGUUGUUAAGAGCACUAAAAGUAACAUUUGAGUUUUGCUCUAUCUAGAAGAAUUUAGCUCACAAAAUAAUUUUUAUAUAUUUUUAGUAGAAGGAUGAGUAUAAUGCCUAAAGGCCUGCUGGGUAUUAUUUUUCACUUAACCUGAUAAAUUUAGUGAGACUUGAACACAAUUUUGUGCAUCCUUAAGAAUGUAUAGCAUUAUUGAUACUUGAGGCUAUUGUGUUAGAUACAAAAUAUUGUUACUUAGGUGUAGUAACUUCAGCAGACAGCUGUUCUGAGAGAUUGGGUACUCGGGGAUAUCUUCAUGUAGGAAUGACCUCCUAUUUCUUAAGGAGAUCGCUUCUGGAAUUGAUGCAACGGAGAUGUUAGCUGGAGUUUAAUGGAGAACUUGUUCUAUGAACUGCUGCUAAUUGAUGCCUGUGUUUGGUUUUUUUGAGAUGUUUUCCAUUGAUGCUUCUGAUGCUUGAAAAAUCCAAAUUCCUCUUGAAUCAAUUUAAUUUUAUGCCUUUUUCUCUCUACCUCCCUCUUCUCCUAGGCGCCCUUCCAUAUUUUGUACUGUGAAAAGCUCUGGCCCUAUUACCUCAAAUCUUAACUGUAUUCAUCCAGAAUGCUUUAAACUUAUGCAUAGACUGUGUUUGUUUAUAGAUUUUCUGUUAUUUUGUUAUUAUGGACAAUAAGACUUGUAAUUUUAAGUCUCUUUCACAACUUGUUUUGGUCUGUCUGGAUACUACUAUAUGUUAAUUUAUUAUGGCCUUUUACAAUUCUGAAAUUUUUUUUUAUUUCUUAAAUUGAUCUAGAAACUUAUGAGGAAAGAAUCAUAUUGACCAAAAUGAUGGUCCAUUAAUCUAGCAGUUUGGGGUUUUGUUGUACCUUGGAUAGCCAAAAUACAGAAUUUGAGGAAAUCUUAGCAUCUCACCAUAAUCAUAAGAAGUCUAAAUACAAAGAGAAUGGCUCUUUGCUGACUGUACACAGCAUGGCUAACGUUCCAGUUGGAAACAUGGUAUUGAAUAUUGGUUACUUUAAAAUAUUCACUGUACUGUUGGAUUCAGUGUCAUCUUUCCUCUUACUAGACUAUGUACCUAAAAAAGAGAACCAACCAGAAUGAGUCAAGUGACCAAGAUAGGGGCAGAAUGACAUACCUAGUUUGGUUCUCAAACUUUUAAGAGAUUGAUUUAUUUUGAAAGAGUGACAGAGGGAGAGGGGGAGAGAGAAUGAAUGUAUCUCCUCCGUCUGCUGGUUCACUCCCCAAGUGGCUGGAACAGCCAGAACUGGGCCAGGCUGAUGCCUGUGUGGGUGCCAGGGCCCACGUACUUGGGCUGUCCUCUGCUGCCCUCCUGGGCACGUUUGCAGCCAGCUGAAUGGGAAGCAGAGCAGCCAGGACUAGAGUCGGCACUCUGACGUGGGAUGUGAGUGUUACGAGUGAUGGUUGAACCCACAACCGGCAGAGGAGCAUGAAGGAGGGGGAAGGAAGAUUCCAUGUUCGCGCUUAAGUUGCAAAUGAAGUUUGAAUUCAUAACACAUAAAAUGAUAAAAGUGUUCUAACAUAAAAGCGGCAUCUUUAAUCUUGACUCACACUGGUGCUGCCAGAAUGGAACACCAGGUUUAUCAACGUGGCCUCUCCCAUUUCCCCUCCAGUGCCCCCACACCCAGCAGCCACCUAGCCCCAGGGGCACACGCAGACUCUGGUGUGAGGCAUAUAAAGAAGACGUCUAGGAUACUCCCUGCCCUUUAGAAGCUGAGCUUCUGAAGUAUUACUGCCAAGUUACACUGACCCAAAACACUCCUGUUAGCACUGAGCCUCAGAUUCUGGGCCUGUUUCUUCGUAACUCAUUGCCACUCCUUGACGGAGAAGGAGCAGCCGGCUGCCAGCUCCCUGGGGGCAGGAAUCGUGGUUUACUGGUUUUUGAAUUCACGCCACCUAAUUCAGUACCUGUCAUAGGUCGCUCAAUAACAGGGUUUCGCAGGUUUUAUUUUAAAGAAGCAAAUAGUUGAAGAAACAAUAAAAAGGAUUUUCUAAUUCAGCUUUCAAAUGAUUCCCAGUAUUGAAAUUUCUGAUAAGUGAUGUGUGUCAAGCACGCACACCCUUUAACGCUCAGUUUCUUUGGAGCGAGCAGACUAUUUCUAUGUGGAAAUUGUAUAUAACGCUUAGUAUUUUACACUCAAAGCAAGGUGUUGGCUGGGAAGGCUAAGAAGUAAUAUCUGUGUAGACUUAACAUCACUCUUGUAAGUGCCAUUUUGCGCCUUGCUUCCAAGUGUGUCGCAGCAGAUCUGGUAUCAUUUGGUGUGUCUGUGUCUGGUAUUACAACUCAUCAGCCCUUCAAGCAAGUGUCUGCAUCUGUAUGUGGUGAGACCUUCUUGUCCAGGCUGGAAUGGACUCGUGGUAUACAUCAUUUAAUAUGCCAGGUAGAAAUAGACAGUUAAGAGUGAAUUAUUUUUCUAAGUGUGUAGCAGUAGCUCAAAAUUGUGCCCUUGUUUUAACAGUUUCUGUCAAUGUCCUCCUUUUUCUCUACAAAAACACCAGGGUGUAUUAUAAGUACUGCCUGUGAGAAUUUGCACUUUAUGUAUUUGUGUGUGGAUUUUUUGUGGUUUUAGCCAAAUGAAGUGUUAUCAGUAAUAAACAGGUCUCUUCAUAGACAUGA